AUGUCAGUGCUCAAGUGGGAUGUAUCCAGGAGCUUCCAUAGCUGUCUCGAUCUCUCCACGCUACAGAUAUCAUCGUUGCCACCCCUUCAAAACCGCGCCUCUAUCGAUCCGUCUGACACUUCUGAGGGGAAUAUUUACGCCAUUCCCACCUCCCGCUCUCUGUCCCCCGAUCCUCCUAGUUUUCGCAGCGACUCUGCAAAGCUUAAAUCGACUAGGAGACGGGUUUCCAAAAAGGCGCGCGGCGUCCUGGGUAAGGUUCGUGCCUUCCAGAGGAUCGCUGCGGCCAAGAUGGCGCAUCCUACCAUCAAGAUCGACACGAAUAUCCUGUCGACCAAGCGCUCGCAUCCGGAGGACAACGAGGACGGUGCUGAAAUUAUAGAUGGGCCGGAGAAUGAUAACCCCGCACUGGAAGCCGGAGAUAAUGAAUGCAUCCCGCCCUUUCUUUGUCAGUCAGUUUUAGAAAUCCAUCAGAAAUUUGAAGACCUCGAAUGGAUGCAGCGAACACGAAUCGCGGAAGGCAUCCAGGCAAACGACCCCUCCCAUCGUUGGGCGUUGGAGGGGGACCCCGAGGUCAAGGCUAGGAAUCGAUACGGGAAUGUUCAAGCAUGGGCAAAUUCUCGCAUUCACCUCCGGGUUCCUGAGGGUGAAUGCGAUUUCAUCAACGCAUCGCCUAUAGUUCUCAAGGAUUCGGUUUCUCUGGAGGAGCGGAGGUACAUUGCGACCCAGGGACCUAAGAUUGAUAAUAUCUCUCACUUCUGGCAUAUGGUGUUCCAUGAAAGCGAGGAUGUUGGGGUUGUUGUUAUGUUAACGCAGACGAUUGAAUCCGGUCGGGAAAAGUGCUCCCAGUAUUUCCCACUUGACCUUGACAACCCUACGGUGCUUCUGCGGAGGGAUGAUAAUGACCCAUUUGUGGAUGAAGAUGAGCAUCAGCAUGGGGAUGAAGACUUUCUUGGUCACCUGACACUCUUGGAGUGUACUUGGAAUGCAGAGUCGAGAUCCGAGAUCCGAAAACUUGAGCUUACUCUAGGCGAGGAAUCGAAGAUCGUGUGGCAUUUUCUCUUUGCGGGCUGGGCAGACUAUUCCAAGCCUGUGGGUGAGGACCGCGACGCACUCCUCCAGUUGAUCAAGUUGUCAGGGUCGAAAUGCUCAUUGCAGAACCCACGGAUUGUACAUUGUAGCGCUGGGGUUGGGCGAACCGGUACCUUUAUCGCCCUUGACUAUCUCUUGCAGGAGCUCGAGACCGGCGAAUUACUGAAAGCUAGCGACCCAGAAACAGACCCUGUUUUUGAGACCGUCAACCAACUGCGUGAACAAAGAAUGAUGAUGGUUUACAACGAGAUGCAGCUCAUUUUCAUUUACGAAGUCCUGCGAGAGCAGACUGAUGCCAAAAUGGAAAGGGCCAUAUAUGGUAUUGCCCGGCGCCCAUCGGAGACGAGGUCUGCAAAGAUCGCCAAGCUUUCCAAUGACUCCUACUUACCCGCCUACAAACCAGAGCUAGAAGCCGCAGAGGACCACCAGCCCAGCACCCCUAUGAGAAGCAGUUCCGGAACCCCAGAAGUGUCCGAUGAUGAGUGA